AUGUACAAGUGCAGGCUGCAGGAGAUUUGCCACCAGAGGCGGUGGGCGCUUCCGACUUAUUCGGCCAUGAAAGAUGGGCCAGACCAUUUGCCUAGCUUCAAGUCCUCGGUUUCUGUGAAUGGCCUCUCGUUUGACUCGACCGAGUCCUGGAGAACGUUAAGGGAGGCACAUAACGACGCCGCGAAGGAGGCCUUACUCCACUUCGCUCCUGCCUUGCCACAAUCAGUUGCUGAGUUAAAUGCUGAAGGGCCAAAAGUUGGAGAAAUAAGUUUAGGUCCUGAGACUCUCUGUGGCACCUUCACGGCUGUAGAUGAUAUGCACUACAAAAACCAGCUGCUUAUCUAUGCUCAAUUGGAAAAUCUUGAUAUCCCUCGAUAUUCAAGUCAAAUUGAAGGCACGUCUCAUGAUCCCCGUUUUAAGGCCACUGUUGCAAUUGGUGGGUGUACUUUCGAGAGCCCGGAGCAGUUCAGAACCUUGAAGGAGGCAGAGCAGGCUGCUGCAAAGUCCGCCUUCAUGUCAUUGUCGCAGGAUGGCUUUCAAGUUGGUGACUAUGGACUUUACAAGAAUUUAUUACAGGAGUUUGCUCAAAGAGAGAAAAUACACAUGCCAGCAUACAAAACCGAGAAGUCUGGUCCACCUCACAACCCUGCAUUCUUUUCCAGUGUUGAAGUAGGAGGAGAAGUAUUUCAUGGAAAACCAGGUGGAUCAAAGAAAGAAGCGGAAAGGGAAGCAGCAAAAGUGGCUUACAGUGUUCUAAAAGAACGUAAAUCAGGUUCUCCUUCAACUAGUGUGAUUGGUGGUAUUGUUGGAGAUGAAAAUCUGAAAACCACAGCUGACUUGGAUCCAACCUUAAGUGCUGAGUUGAAAAGAAAAUUGAAACAAAAGUCUGCCAUUAAGUAUGAAGGUAAUGGAGUUCCUGAAAACGCUACUCCAUUUUCGGCUAAAACAGAAGUGGAAAAAUCUAAAUCCAUCCCCAUCUCACCCAAUGGAGUUCCUGGUAUUUCAACUCUUGCCAUUUCAGGCUCAAAUGUCAACAAGACUAAGGAGACAAAGCCUUACUUGCUUAACAACAGGGUUAGGGUGUAUCCCUACUUCCCAGACACUGCUUUUCCUGAAGGAAUCACAGUGCUGCCUAUCGGUGAAGACAAGUGGGUGGCUGUCAGCCUGGAGUUCCCAAAUGAAGAUGCUGCUUAA